CUAAAGUUUGGAGAUGUUUUUCCAAGAAACGUCAUGGCAGCUAUUGAAGAUUUAGAAGAAUUAGCGGCAAAAGGCGAUCCUGCUGGCCAGCAUGGUUUAGGCUAUCUGCACGCAACCGGACUUGGUUUCAAUUCAAGCCAAGCUAAGGCUUUGGUUUAUUAUACCUUCUCUGCCUUAGGAGGAUACACCUUUGGUGAGAUGUCACUGGGAUAUAGAUAUUUUAAUGGUAUUGGUGUUUCUAAAAGUUGUGAAACAGCACUAUCUUAUUAUAAACGCGUUGCAACAAAAGUGGCAGCAGCAGCAACCUCUGGUGGCGAUGCUAUACAUAGAAUUAGAUUAUCUGAAGAAGCCGAACAAGGUACUGCAAAAAUUGGUCUACUAGAUGAUGACAUCGUACAGUAUUAUCAAUUUCUGGCUGAGAAAGGUGACUUGCAAGCGCAGGUAGCGUUAGGACAACUAUACUAUCAAGGCGGUAGAGGAGUUAAGAAAGAUCAUCUGAAAGCAUUAAAGUAUUUUAAAAUGGCUACUAAAGCAACUGAUGGUAUUGGUGAUGCUUUUUUAGGAAAAUUAUAUUCAGAAGGUAGCAGGAAUAUCAAACAAAGCAAUCGUACGGCCUUAGAGUAUUUCCGAAAGUCAGUUGAUAAGAAAAGUCCUAUCGGAUACUGUGGAUUGGGUGAUAUGUAUUUACAUGGUAAAGGUCUUGCUAAAGAUUAUAAAAAAGCCUUCAGCCUAUUCUCACUAUCUGCUCAGCAAGGAUGGGCUGAUGGACAACUUCAGCUAGGGCUCAUGCACUAUAAAGGCUUAGGGACGCCGAAAGAUUUGAAGCAAGCUGUAAAGUACUUCAAUUUAGCAUCACAAAGUGGGCACAUUUUAGCCAUUUAUCACCUUGGCAUGCUCCAUGCAACCGGAAAUGGUAUCAUCCGAUCCUGCCAUACAGCCACUGAACUAUUGAAAACAGUAGCUGAAAGAGGACAGUGGUCGCGAAUAUUAAUGGAAGCCUACAAUGCUUUUAAAAACGGGCAAAUUAGUGAUGCCCUUAUUAAGUACGGUUUUAUGGCUGAGCUUGGUUAUGAAAUUGCCCAAAGCAACGUUGCAUAUAUUCUUGAUAAAGGCAAGAAGUUGUUUGCUUAUAUAUGUGAAGCCUCGCAUAUCCGAGAAACUGAAAAAUAUCCACGCGCGCUAUUGCAAUGGUCACGAGCAGCAUCACAAGGAUCAACGGUGGCUUUAGUUAAAGUUGGAGAUUAUCACUAUUAUGGUUUUGGUACUAAAGUUGAUUACGAAGCAGCUGCGUUAAAUUAUCGUGUUGCUUCCGAACAACAAAAUAAUGCGCAAGCUAUGUUUAAUUUAGCUUACAUGCACGAAAGAGGUUUAGGAUUGAAAAGGGAUAUGCAUUUGGCAAAACGGUAUUAUGAUAUGGCAUCCGAAGCCAGUACGGAAGCUUAUAUCCCUGUUAAGCUAGCCCUAGCAAAAUUGUCUUUUUUAUACACCGCUGAAUGGCUAAGACAUGUAAGUAAGAGCGGUAAACAGGAUGACGUGAAACUUGAUAAAAGUUUGACAAACAACUGGGAUUUAUAUCUUAUGGCAAUAUUAAUCGGAUUUCUUAUUAUAGUCAUAAUCAUGCGAAGAAGAUAA